AUGCUUCGAGCGCUUGUCCUGCAUUGGAGCUUGCUACUCGCACCUGCUGUCGGGCAACUCGCAGCAGCGUGGAGUGUGACAUCUGGGAAAUGCACGCUUGAAGCCGAUGGGUGUAUCAGCUCCACGAGCUACCCGAGCUCCUAUCCGGAUGACGAUUCUUGCUCAAUUCACGUGCCUGCCGGGAACACCGAUGCAAUUCAAGUGGUCAGCUUUGACACCGAGAGCUCUGACAAACUGCGGGUCAACGAUGUAGACUACAGUGGCACUUCUGGGCCAAACGGCGUGGUGCCGCAGGGCACGAUUGCUUGGAGUUCCGAUUCCUCCAUCAGCCGCGCCGGUUGGAAAAUCUGCCUGCGAGAGAUGCAGACUCCGAGCAGAUCGCCGAGAAGGACUUCCACAAGGAGCUCCGCCACCUUCGAGUGGUUCUCGUUUUCUGGAGGCGUCUCGGUGCCCCCUGGACGCCGGGACGGCUCCGGGGGCGAGGACUCGUCUGGCCGCUUCUGGAUUUUCGGAGGCCAUAAUGGUGGGAGCUCUUACUUGAACGACCUUUGGUAUUUCCAGCACCAGGUGGACUGCGGCCUGCACUCAGCCGUGCACUGCGCCGUAUGCCCGCGCGACACUGCAAGCGGCGAGUGGCAUGGUGAAAGCUGGUGUGAUGGUGACUGCUCCUGGACCGCCGGGGAAUGCAAGGCCACAACUACAACGGUUGAAGGGCCAGGGGCCUAUCUGCUCGAAGGCCACUGCAAUUCCGACAUCAACGGGCGCUAUGACCUGUGGGGCCACACUGCCAGCGGAAGGCCAUUCUACAAGCAGUCGGGCGAGCAGCUGUACCUCUACUACGAUCCCGAUUGCGAUGGCAAUCCGGCCACCACAAGCAGUCACGAGGGCGCUGUGUGGAACAUUGGUAGUUCUCGUCCUUCCACGUGGAGGGAGCAGGAUUUAGACAAUGAUGGAGCCUGCGUUGGUUCGGCGUGGGUCGAGAUCAACACAGAGCUCCCACCACCGAGUGCUACGUGGCAAACAUAUUGCGCCGGCUGGUCGUGGGGCGACAACCAGUGGUCUGACGACACGCUCACACUUUCACCGGUCGGAUCAGGCGGACCUUGGAAGGAAAAAUCGGUGACUAGUGGGCCGUCGAGCCGCGAGAAGCAGUCCUCGGCAAUGGACAGCUCAGACCGCUUUUGGAUCUUUGGAGGCUGGGAUGGAAGCAACUACCUCAAUGACCUGUGGUAUUUCGACAUCCAGGCUGACGUAUGGAGAUCACCAGAGAUCUCCGGGUCCCGACCAUCCGCACGAAGGAGCCACGCCUCCGCCGUGUCCUCCUCCGGGCGGUUCUGGGUCUUUGGAGGUCGAGGUGGGGAUUCGAACUUGCUGAAUGACCUGUGGCACUUUGAGCUGGAGGCGGGCUGGACUCAGAUUGAUUCGGCCUCUGGGCCGUCCGCUCGAGCCAACCACGCUGCUGCCGUAGAUGCCUCUGGCCGCUUCUGGAUCUUUGGAGGCAACUCAGACGGCCGUGUCGGAGACCUCUGGUCUUUCGAUCCCGAGGAGAGGAAGUGGACCUUGGCGAGUUCGAGUUCCUCUGGGCCUUCUGCGCGCGCGGAACACUCGUGCUUCCUGGAUGCACUCGGCCAUUUGUGGGUUUUCGGUGGCCACGACGGGAGCAAGCUGCUUGAUGACUUGUGGUACUGGGAUUUACAGGCUUCCGAUUGGGUUCAAGUCCAAGCAGUCACGGACGGCGGUCCAGAUGCUCGCGCAGACUCUGCUUCUAGUAUGAGCCCUUUCGGCGGCUGGAUCUUUGGAGGAAGCAGAGAUGUCAACGGAUAUUGGAGCGACCUGUAUUACUUGGGGGUCAAGGGGCACGUGCUGCAGAGUACGACUGCGACUGAGGUGUCGUCCACGACCACGACCUGGACUUCCACCAGCCAGACGUGGAGCACAACCUUCACAUCCACGAUCUCCACGAUCAUCACAUCCACGGUCUCCACGAUCACGACUUCCAGGCCCAAGUGGCAGGUGGUUGAGAAGAGCCCCGUGGAGAUAGGACCCGCCGCGUCCGUGCAGCAGCAGGAGGCUGCAGCAGCUGUGCAGAUGGAGGAUAGGAGACAGCAGAAUGCUGUGGCCAGUGCUUUGCAAGAGCUGGAUUUGGAAACGCUUGAGGAAGUCGGCGGCUUCACGGUUGAUGAAGAAGGCAGCGUGACGGUCGCCGCGAUCUCCCCGCGGGCGAAUGCCUCGUCCUUCCGCUUCCGUGCUGCGUCACGCGGCCAAGAUUUUACGCCUGAUGUGGAGAUUCCGGUUUCGCUGGUCGCCGACGUCUCCACUGAGCCGCUGAUGCUCGCCGUGAACGUGAUGAACCAAGGCGGUGCUGAGAAGCUCCAGAUGGCCGACAAGCAGCCACCAAGCACUCGGCCGUUGGUCUUGUCCAUGUUCAAUGCGGAGGGGAUUCCACUGGUGGCCGCUUCACUUCCAGAGCCGGUGCUGCUGACACUCGCUCCGGAUGCAUCCGACGACACAACCUGUGUUUUCUGGAAUGAGACCGUGCAGCGGUGGUCUGCUGAAGGUGUUACCCGCGUACAGGGCAGAGGUCGGGAGCUUGUUUGUGAAACGACGCACCUCUCCAUUUUUGCUGGCAUCGAGGGGUUCCUGACCCAAGUGGUUCCGGCGGUCGCGCUGGCUGAACAUUGCCUUUGGCAGUUCCUUCAGAGUGUACAGUACCCCGAACUCUAG